AUGGUUGGUGCCAGCAAGGGUUUCACCGCGCUCCUAGCCGCUGCGCUCCACCGAAGCGCCUCAAGAGAAGCCGCGUACGCAAUUGCCGAAACCCGCGUGGCACUCGAUCAGAGGAAAGGCGAGCACACAAGGACAAAGCCAUCAUAUCUUGCAAUGCUAAAAAGCGCAUUUGUCUUGGGUGCGACUGGUGCUGUUGGUUCACAACUAGUUGAUGCCCUUGUAAAAUCACGACAAUUUAAAAGAAUUGUCGUUGUCGGGAGAAGGAAAAUCCCGUUGGAAAAUGAUUCUAUAGAGCAGGUGAUCGUUGAUUUUGACGCAAUCGAAAAACAUGCGGACGCAUUCAAAGAUACGGAUAUCGGUUUUUGCGCACUUGGUACUACACGCGGUAAGGCUGGAAAGGAAGGGUUUUACAAAGUCGAUCACGAUUACGUCGUAAACUCUGCGAAAGUUGCUAAAGAGCAAGGUGUGAAGGAAUUCGUCUUGGUUUCUGCAGCUGGAUCGAACGAAAAUUCAUUUUUUCUAUAUCCGAAGACGAAGGGUGAAACAGAACGAGAUAUUGCUGUUUUGGGUUUCGAAAAGUUUCUUAUUAUGCGUCCUGGACUCCUUGAAGGUCCAAGGGAAGAAUCUCGUCUUGGCGAAUCUAUCGCUAAAGUUCUCGUAAAGCCACUGAAACUGUUGUCGAACUCCAUAGCAAUUUCUACAGAAGACGUAGCGAAAGCUAUGGUCGUUGGAGGUUGUUCCUCUGAUUUGAAAGGUAAAGUAAUUUGGGACAACGCGACAAUGAUAGAGAAGAAGGCUUCUUUCGAUGAUCUGUGCAAAUGA